AUGUACUUCACGCCCUCAGCUCUCAGCUCCGCCCACCACGCCCUCAGCUCUCCCUUGAGCCACGCGCCCACGUCCAGGAACGCCGGGUCGCCGGACUCGUCGCGCGGUCAGAGCAUGGAGGUGCAGGCCCUUACUGGCCUGUGGUUGCAGACCUGCAAUAUACUUCACUCCUACGUCGUCUACCUCGGCGGUCACUCGCAUGGCAGGGAGGGCGCCGCGCUGGCGUCCAGCCAGGAGCGCGCCAGGAGCUCCCACCACGCGCUCCUGGGAGCCGUCCUGCGCAGCGAGGAGAGGGCGAGGGACGCCAUCUUCUACUCGUACACCAGGUACAUCAACGGCUUCGCCGCGACGCUGGAGGAAGACGAGGCAGCGGAGAUCUCGAAGCAUCCGAGCGUCGUCUCCGUGUUCCCGAACAGGGGGCACCGGCUGCACACGACGCGCUCAUGGGAGUUCCUUGGGAUGGAGAAGGAUGGCCGGGUGAGGGCCAGCUCCAUCUGGGCCAAAGCGAGGUUCGGCGAAGGCAUCAUCAUCGGCAAUCUGGACACUGGUACGCUACCUCUCACUUAGCGAUUUUCUUCGCUCUGUCCGUCAAUGAGCGAACUAAUCUCUGCCUUGACCAGCUCAUAAAUCACAAAUAAAUCGGGUAGGGAAAUUGAUUAUGUAGGAUACUGAAGUGCCAACCCUUCAGACUGAUAAGAGCUGUCAGCUGUGCGCUGAUAAGACCAAAAAUAAGAGUCCAAAAAUUCUGCCGCGUCAGAUCAUCCCGUGUAAGCUGGAGAAGGCAUGCGGUGCAGCCGAUGCUUCUGUUGGCUUGUGAGGCAUGCGUAGAGGCGGCAGCGGCUGCAAUCAGAAUCUUCGCAGACGCAAACGUUGGCUUGCAGCUUGCGAUGAAUUUGUCCCGAUGGAACCGUGCCCAGCGCA